GAAUGAGCAAAUAAAAAACGAGAAAAUGAAGAAGUAAAAAUAUCGACAGCUUCUUCUUCAGAUCUGCUUGAUUUUCGCUGCGUUUGUAGUUGGAGGAAGGUCUCUUCAGGUUUUAAAUAUCUACUCAGAUGGAAGGAAGUGGGGGUGAUAGUGCUUCAAUGGCGACGCAGCGUGCACAUGAAGCAUGGAGGAUUUACCAGUAUUAUCUGGACAAGACCACGCCUCAUGCUGUUCAUAGGUGGAUUGGAACUGUCGUCGUUGCUCUUAUCUACUUUCUGAGGGUUUACUAUCUUCAGGGAUUCUACAUCAUCACCUAUGGUCUUGGGAUCUACAUACUGAAUCUGCUCAUCGGGUUUUUGUCGCCUCUGGUUGAUCCUGAGCUAGAGGUCUCAGAUGGGCCUAUGCUACCUACUAAAGGUUCAGAUGAGUUCAAACCAUUCAUUCGUCGGCUCCCGGAAUUUAAGUUCUGGUACGCAAUGACAAAGGCUGCCUGCAUAGCUUUUCUCAUGACGUUCUUCUCGGUGUUUGAUGUUCCCGUCUUCUGGCCUAUUCUGCUGUGUUACUGGAUCGUUCUCUUUUUCCUAACGAUGAGACGCCAAAUCUCGCACAUGAUCAAGUACAAGUACAUUCCUUUCAAUGUCGGAAAACAGAAAUACGGCGGCCGGAGAUCUACGCCGAGCACCAGCGGCUCUCGUGCCGACUGAUUCAGUAGUCCUCCAGUAGUCAGUUCCUCCUCCUCCGGCAUCAUUAAGCCCUUUUGUUUUUUUAAGGAAAAAAAAAGAAGAAGAAACGAAUCCAUGGAAACACCAUUUUUGGAGGGGUUUAUAUAUAUAUAUAUAUAUAUAUAUAUAUUUACAGUGAUGAAUUGAUUCUA